CAUCAAGUGACAUUUUCGGUAGUCGUUUCUUCCAACCAACCAAAUAAAAGUAAAGUAACCAAGACUAAGUAAUUAAUUUCGUGUGUUUUGAAAGUCUAGCCGAUUCAAUAAAUGGCGAAAAACACGUCGAGUUCUGCAUUUCGUAAGAUCGAUAUCGAUCAAUAUAAUGAAGAUAACUUUAAAGAAGAUGAAGCAGAACAAUCGAUUCCUACUGGACCGGAUGAAGGCGAAGUUUGCGCUUUAUUGAAUCAAGGUCGGUAUAUUGAUGCCCUGAAGGUUGUUCUGAACAAUGCACCUGUAGGAUCAGCCAACCAACAAAUCAAAGACAAUGCCUUGGCACUGACUUUGAAAGUGCUACUCGCUAUCAAGUCUACUCAAAUUGAAGAGGCUGUGGGUAAUCUAUGCCUGGAUGACAUAGAUAUACUGAUGAAAUAUAUUUACAGAGGAUUUGAAUGUCCCACAGAGGGAUCUAGUGGGCAUCUACUGCUGUGGCAUGAAAAAGCAUUUAACAUUGGAGGCUCUGGAUCCAUAGUCAGAGUGCUGUCUGACCGAAUGAAAGUGUAAUAAUAUUGUAGCAGUAUUUAAUAUUUUAAUCGUCUAUAUUUUAAGCUUAAUAAAUCUUUAUAAACAAUGUUUCUUAUUCGAAAAGACACAAUAAUUUAACACAUCAUAUUUAAUAACGAGAGUCAUUAUACAUAGAGGGAUGUAAGUCAAUAAACUGUAAAUUCUUUAGUAACAUGAUGUUUCCAACGCAAAGGUCAAUAAAUUAAAAAACAGUCA